AUGUCUGCUAAACCUAUCAGAGAAUAUGAUGGUAAGCUCUUGUUGGCCUAUCAUCUCUUGCGCGCUCCUCUCGUAGGCGGCAAUCAAGAUGGAUCUGCCUCUCUUUUCACCCCUGCCGCCACCAAAUUGGCCCAUAUCAAUGUCAAUACUUCUCUCUUGAGUGAUGAGGCUGCUUUCAAGUCUGCUUUGAAGCAACAACUCGAUAAUCUCGAACAAACACAUCCUUGGUUGUUGACUGACAAGUUGGUUGCCAAGCCUGAUCAAUUGAUCAAGCGUAGAGGAAAGCAUGGCCUUUUGGCUCUCAAUAAGGACUGGGCAGAUGCUCGCAAGUGGAUUGAAGAACGCGCAGGAAAAGAAAUCAAGAUUGAAAGAACGACUGGUGUCAUCAAGACCUUCUUGGUCGAGCCCUUUGCUCCUCACCCAGACAACACCGAAUAUUACAUCUGUAUCAACUCUGUCCGUGAAGGCGACUACAUUCUCUUCACUCAUGAAGGUGGCAUUGAAGUUGGUGAUGUUGAUGCUAAGGCCCUGAAGUUGUUGAUCCCUGUCACCUCAUCUGGUUUCCCCUCUGCCGACACUAUCAAGGAGACUCUGCUCAAGGAUGUUCCCGAAUUCAAGCGCGAUGUUCUCGUUGAUUUCAUCCGCCGUCUCUAUGCUGUCUAUGUCGACCUUCACUUCACUUACCUUGAGAUCAACCCCUUGGUUGUCACUGAUCCUGUUGAAGGUCAAACCCCUCAAGUCAUGUACCUCGAUUUGGCUGCCAAGAUUGAUCAAACUGCCGAAUUCGAAGCUGGGCCCAAGUGGGCUAUUGCCAGAGCUCCUCAAAACAUUGGCCUCGCUCCCUCUGCUGAUUCACAAAACGUUGAUCAAGGACCUCCUAUGGAAUUCCCAGCUCCUUUUGGCCGUGAGUUGACACGUGAAGAAGCCUAUAUUCAGGAAUUGGACGGAAAGACCGGUGCUUCUCUCAAGUUGACUGUACUCAACCGUGAUGGCCGCAUCUGGACCAUGGUCGCUGGUGGUGGUGCUUCCGUUGUCUACUCCGAUGCCAUUGCUGCCUUGGGUUAUGCUGAUGAACUUGCCAACUAUGGUGAAUACUCUGGUGCCCCUACCGAGACUCAAACCUACGAAUAUGCAAAGACCAUUUUGGAUUUGAUGACUCGCGGUGAUGUCAACUCUCAAGGCAAGCUCCUCUUCAUUGGUGGUGGUAUUGCCAACUUUACCAAUGUCGCUACUACUUUCAAGGGUAUCAUCCGUGCAUUGACCGAAUUCAAGCAAGCUCUUAUCAACCAUAAGGUUCGUAUUUUUAUUCGUCGUGGUGGCCCCAACUAUCAAGAAGGUCUCCGUGCCAUGCGUCAAUUGGGUGAGACUCUUGGUGUCGAGAUUCAAGUUUUUGGCCCUGAGACUCACAUUACUGAAAUCGUGCCUUUGGCUUUGGAAGGCAAGGCUACCACCCUCCAAUCUACUCCCUCUGCCUCUUCUGGUAACUUGUUCCAAGAUCAAAUCUUUGGUUCCAACACCAACUCUGGCGCCAACACUCCCAAGCUCACUAUUGCUGAAGACAACGAGACUCCCUCUAACCCCAAUGAGCGCAUGACUUACUUCACUGAGCAAGGUCAAGAAGAAUCCGUCGAAUGGUACCGUCCCUUCACCUCAAAGACCCGUGCCUUUGUCUACGGUAUGCAACCUCGUGCUGUCCAAGGUAUGCUUGAUUUCGACUUCAUGUGCAAGCGUGAUACUCCUUCUGUUGCUGCCAUGGUCUAUCCUUUCGGUGGUUCUCAUGUCCAAAAGUUCUACUGGGGAACCAAGGAAACUUUGAUCCCCGUCUUCACCUCGCUCAAGGAGGCCAUCGAGAAGUUCCCUGAGGUCGAUGUUGUUGUCAACUUUGCUUCUUGCCGUUCCGUCUUUGACUCUACUCGCGAGAUCUUUGCCUUCUCUGAGCAAAUCAAGACCAUUGCUAUCAUUGCUGAAGGUGUCCCUGAACGUCGUGCUCGUCAAUUGUUGCAUGAAGCUGAGGCUCGCAAGGUCCUUGUCAUUGGUCCUGCUACUGUAGGUGGCAUCAAGCCUGGAUGUUUCAAGAUUGGUAAUACUGGUGGUAUGAUGGAUAACAUUGUCUCCUCCAAGCUCUACAGAGCUGGUUCCAUUGGUUACGUCUCCAAGUCUGGUGGUAUGUCCAACGAGUUGAACAACAUUGUUUCUCGUACUACUGAUGGUGUCUACGAAGGUGUUGCUAUCGGUGGUGAUCGUUACCCUGGUUCUACCUUCAUCGACCACUUGUUGCGUUAUGAAGAAGACCCCAACUGUAAGAUGCUCGUCUUGCUUGGUGAGGUCGGUGGUAUUGAAGAGUACCGCGUCAUUGAGGCUGUUCAAAACGGUACCAUCAAGAAGCCCAUCGUUGCUUGGUGUAUCGGUACUUGUGCCAAGAUGUUCACCACUGAUGUCCAAUUCGGUCACGCCGGCUCCAUGGCCAACUCUGAUUUGGAAACUGCUGAUGCCAAGAACAAGGCCAUGCGUGCCGCUGGUAUUAUUGUCCCUGAGACUUUCGAAAAGAUGCCUUUGGCUCUUGCUGAAACCUAUUCCAAGCUUGUCAAGGAAGGCACCAUUCUUCCCAGAGCUGAGCCUGAGAUCCCCAAGAUUCCUAUUGAUUACUCAUGGGCUCAAGAGCUUGGUUUGGUUCGUAAGCCUGCUAGUUUCGUCUCUACUAUUGUCGAUGACAGAGGUCAAGAAUUGUUGUAUGCUGGUAUGAGAAUCACUGAUGUCUUCAAGGAGGAUGUUGGAAUUGGCGGUGUCCUCUCCCUUUUGUGGUUCAAGCGCAGACUUCCCAACUAUGCUUGUAAGUUCAUUGAGAUGGUCUUGAUGUUGACUGCCGAUCACGGACCUGCCGUCUCUGGUGCCAUGAACACCAUUAUCACUACUCGUGCUGGUAAAGAUUUGAUCUCAUCUCUCGUCUCUGGUCUUCUUACCAUUGGUGAGCGUUUCGGUGGUGCUCUUGAUGGCGCUGCUAGCAACUUCACCAAGGCUUAUGACAGCGGUAUGACUCCUCGUGAGUUUGUCACCUCCAUGCGUAAGGCCAACAAGUUAAUUCCUGGUAUUGGUCACAAGAUCAAGUCUCGCACCAACCCUGAUAUGCGUGUUGAAUUGGUCAAGGACUAUGUCAAGAAGAAUUUCCCUCACACCCCUAUCCUUGAUUAUGCUUUGAAGGUCGAGGAAAUCACCACCAGCAAGAAGGAUAACUUGAUUUUGAAUGUUGAUGGUUGUAUUGCCGUCUCUUUCGUUGAUCUCUUGCGUGAAUCUGGUGCCUUUACCCAUGAUGAAGCUGAAGAAUACAUGCGUAUUGGCACCCUGAACGGUCUCUUUGUCCUUGGUCGUUCUCUCGGUUUCAUUGGUCACCAUUUGGAUCAAAAGCGUUUGAAGCAAGGUCUUUACAGACAUCCUUGGGACGAUAUCUCUUACCUUUUGCCCUCUUUGGACCCUGAGACUUUGGAUCCUCGCCGUGUCAAUGCUCGCGUCAAUGUUCAACCCAAGCAAAAAUAA